AUGCCCGUACCAAAGUCGAUCAUUAUCGUUGGAUCCGGGGUCUUUGGGUUAUCCAUUGCCCACGCGAUGUCCCAGAAUGCCGAGUUCGCGAAUACCAAGAUCACCCUGAUCGACAGUUGGAAUUUCGAGCCGCACGGGCUCUCAUCCUCAAUCCCUAAUCCCAGCGCGGCGAAUUCCGACACUUCUCGCAUUAUUCGCAGUGACUACUCACACAAGAUCUACGCCACGCUCGCCCGCGAGGCACAGCAGAGAUGGAAGGCAGAAUGGGGCGCAGAUGGACGCUACCGCAACCAGAGCAUCGUGAUGAUUGGGGAGGGUCACUCCAUGAAGCAGCCGAUGAAAGCGUGCGAGAGUCUCAACUAUGUCAAGCACGCCUAUGCCCAAAGUUAUGAGCGAGCGGGGCAUAACAGCAACAUUGUCCACACCCUUGAUUCGGAGUCAGCCGUGUGGAAGGCACUCGGACUCAGUACUCCGGAUGAGGCUAGUCAAAUUGAGGACGGUUCGGAGUUGAGGGGAUACCGAAACCACGAUUGCGGAUGGGCGGAAAGCGGGGCCACGAUGGCUUGGCUGCGUCAGAAAACCAUUCAUUCGGAUCGCAUCGAAAUCCAUAUUGGUCAAGUCGUCGGCUUGCGGUUCUGUUCGGAUUCGGAGUCCGACUCUCACGUCAACUCCGAAUUCCGAGUCUGCGGUGUCACCCUCGACGAUGGAAGCCAAUUGACCGCCGACUUGACAAUUUUGGCUGCGGGCGCUCUGACACCCCGGCUGCUGGGAUUCCCCACCUUGUGUGAUGUCUACAGUGAGGUCGUGGCGUAUGUCCAGCUAUCGGAGACGGAACAGCGAGAGCUCGUUCGGAGACGGUUGCCUCUAAUCGUUAAUGUAGAAAGAAAGAUUUUUGCUAUUGGACCGGAUAAUCAGGGAUUCUUGAAGUUGGCACGCUUCUCAUGGAGCGGCUAUCGGGAUGUUCAAAAAUUCGCAGGAGUGGAUGUUGGUCCCCGAAUUCAAACCGCACCUGAGGUGGAGGACGGUUACGGGACUUGUGCUGAUAUCGAUCUGACAAAAUCUAACCGGGAAGUGGAAUCGACAUUGCAGGACUACCGGAACUUUCUGACGGAACUCUUUCAGCCAAGGGAUGGCGGAGACUUGGGGGUGUUGCAUGGUAUUACAGCUAGACCCUUUGCCCAGGUUCGCAGAUGUUGGUAUGCGGACACCGUUUCUACCGACUUCAUCGUCGACUAUCAUCCAGCCUAUGGGAAGAGCCUCUUCCUUGCCACUGGGGGCUCGGACCAUGCUUUUAAGUUUCUCCCAGUAUUGGGGGAGAGAAUCUGCGAGCUGAUCUUGCAGAGUUAUGGCGGUAAAGCGGGACCAAAUGAGUACAUUGAGGACUUGCAACGCCUGUGGAAGUUUCCAGGAGUAGAUAGCCACGCAAAACUGUAG